GUUAUUGUAUUCCAAUAUCUCACAAACCAAUGAACACGAAAUGUUAUACAAAUACUUUUUUCUAUCAUUGACUUUGGCAUUAUUAGCCAUCAAUGCAGAACCAACUGAAUCCACGGCCGAAACUACUACAGAAUCGUCCAAUCAUUUAUUCAUUGAAAAAAUUGAGAAUGCUCUUAAUAGAGCAAAGAAUCUUCUAAACUCGCAGGACAUCAAUCCACAUAUUGCGAAAAAAAUUAAAGAUUUAAUCGAAGAAAUUGAACAAUAUGAAGAAAAAUACCUGAAAUCCCAUGAUAAUGAGUCUAUAAAAACACACAUUAAUGCUAAAAUUAAAGAGUUAAUGAAAAAUUUAAAUAAAUAUCCAUUACCGACUUCAUCGAAGCCCAAAACAACAACUACGGAAAAACCGACCAAAUCAACAUCCACAUCAACGGAAAAACCAACCAAACCAACGUCAGCAACUACGGAAAAACCGACCAAACCAACGAGUACAACGACGAAAGAACCGACCAAAUCAACAUCCACAUCAACGGAAAAACCGACCAAAUCAACGUCAACAACUACGGAAAAACCGAUCAAACCAACGUCAACGGAAAAACCGACCAAAUCAACAAAUGCAACAACGGAAAAACCGACCGAGCCAACGUCAACAACUACGGAAAAACCAAAACCAAUUCUCAAUGAAUGUCCAGAAUAUAACGAAAUUGGUCAGUGUAAUUGUUAUCCUGAAUCAAAGACAAUAAUUUGCACAGAUUUCAAUCAAACAUUCAUUACGAAUUCAUAUAAUUUUUCAACAUUUAUAAUUCAGGACAACAAAGAGGUAGAACUAAAAUGGCCUGAUAAUGUAUAUAUUCGUGUGAAAAACCUUAUCAUACAUAGAUGUAACUUCAAAAAAAUCGAUCCUCAAAUAUUAAAUAUUAAUGGAUUAAAAACUUUGACUAUAAACGAUAUACCUCAACUAUAUUUGAAUAUCAGUAUGAUAAAUACAGAAUUAUCUAAGUUAAUAAUCAUCAACAUUUCUCGCAUCGAACAAAUAAAUGCAUUGGAGAAACUAAAUAGUCUUCAAGAAUUGAUGAUCAAAAGCGUGACCGGUUUUCAGGCAAUCAGUCAGUCUGAAUCACUAUCAUUUCCUUUGAUACGAUAUGUGACCAUUAUCGAUACUGAUGUGAAGGAAAAUUUCAAGCUAAAAGUAGGAAAAGAUUGUCAAGAAAUAAUUAUCGAAAAAAAUAAUCAAUUAAAAUGGUUAGAUAUAACGGAUUUAAAAACAAAAAAUAAUAUGACCAUAACUAUCAAAUUAUCAGAUAAUCGAAAUUUGAAUCCAAAAUUUCUUCUUGAUUUUAGUAAUAUUUUCAAUCAAUCUCGACUAGCUGAUCAGAAUUUAACAAUGACAAUACGUAUGAAUCAUGUACCUGUUUAUUGUGACGAUUGUCGAUUAUACAAAUUAACGGCUACCAAUUCAAGAUUACGAUUGUUAGAUGUAUUUUGUAAAAAUGAAAACGAAUAUCUUAAAUAUCUUAAAUUUAAAUGUGAAAGAUAAUAAUUUCAUUUAAUUCGAAUGGUAAUCUAUCAAUUUAUUUUUGGGAUGUUUUUUUCAAAAUUUCUGCCUACAGCAUUGAAAUGAAUUAUCAC